AUGCAGGAUAAAAACUUUACCAUAGAGGAAUAUUUUAUUUCACUUCUCAUGCCACAUCUCAGACUCAUAGUCAAUGACAUUGAUACCAAAAAGGAAUAUCAUUUCAUUUUUACAUCAUAUUUCCAACAAGAAUUAUGGAGACAAAAGUUGAAUGAAAACAAUUACCCGGAUAUUGAUAUUGAGGAAUUCUUAACCUGUAUCAGACAGUACUCCCAGGUCUCACAGAUGCCAGAUUUGAAGUUUGCAGUGGACGAUAUACAUUAUUACAGCGGCACACUGGAUGUUUUAGUCCAUCAAGUCCAUUGUUUGGAAGAAAAUGCAGACAGUUAUAUUACGUUACAAGCGGACAGUUUCGGCGGAUAUUUCAACAAAAUACACAAGACCGAUGUUGUUCUGUACUCUCAGAGCCCAGUGUACAACGAGAGCUUCGAAAUAUCUCUGUGCUGUUCAGAGAAUAUGAAAGUUGCUCUUUACACUCGCCCAACAACUUCUGCCGAUGCUGAUUUCACCUUAACGUUGGUCGGUGUACUUAACUUUCAUAAUACCUCCAUAUGCAAUGCUUACCAAUUCCUAUUAGUUCCAAUGUAUCCGUCUGUGAAGAGAACUGCUGCGGCAUUAUCCGUGCGUUACACCUCAGAUAUGAAUGGUAAUAAACGGAGAAUGAGUUUGCUUCAGUGGGAAGCUUUAGACUACAUAAUGUCAAUGCGGGGCGCUGUUUUUGGAAAAUCCUUGGAGGACAUAUCAGAACGUGAAAAGAGAGACGUUCCUCUAAUUCUCGAAAGUUGUGUUAAGUUUAUAGAAGAAAGAGGUAGGACACAUAAACGUGAAAAGAGAGACGUUCCUCUAAUUCUCGAAAGUUGUGUUAAGUUUAUAGAAGAAAGAGGUUUGGAUGUUGAAAAUAUCUACUUAAUUCCUGGCAACGAGAGUCAUGUGGAAGAACUAAUGGGAGUAUUUGAUCUCUGCAGUUUUACUGGGGCGCUUUCCAUCAAGGACAGAAAAUAUUCUGUACAUGAUAUAACCAAUCUGCUUAUGAAUUUCCUCUUGAGUCUACCACACCCGCUUCUAGACAAUUCGAAAUUUUAUGUAAGCUCUGAUGAUAUAAAGACCACAGAGAGGCAGGCGAAAGUUAUACAGAUGUUACUGAGAGGACUACCGGAACCUAACCAAAGUAUCUUUGAUUUUCUCAUAGCACAUAUCGUGAAGGUGUGUCAGAAUCGGAGUAAGAACAAAGUAAGUUUAUCUUCGAUAUGUUUAACCCUCGGGUAUGUAUUCCUUGGGAUUCCGGUUACAGGCAGCUCACAGGAACUGGUACGGAGAGAUGUUGAUACAUUCCUUUUUGUUUUGGAAUUUGUUCUCAGCAAGAAAUUGAACGUGCAUUUGAAGAAUUCCUUUCACUCACUGCACAGCAAAUCAAGUUUCUGCUGAUUAAAUGAUCGAUUGAUAACAAAUAAAUUCUUCAAACGUUUCUUUUAUAUUAUUUAGAAA